UGGCGCGAGGGUCCACGUCUGAUGCGGCGUGCAGCGUGCGGCCGAGGCUGCACCUGACGUCACCGCGCCGCCGCGAGAGCCCGACGAGCGAGCCUUCGCGCCGCCCGCCGCCGUGCGGCAUCUCGAGCUCUGCUUGGCGCGGCGCGGUCUGGCAUGGCUCUCGACACUUGCUGCGAACGACGCUUGCGGAUCCGCGAGGUGUCGUUGCUGCGGCGACGGCGACGACACGGCUCAUCGCGGCUGUCUAAGAGGGCCCGAGAGCACUUCACCCGGCAGAGGAGCAGCGGCCGUCACACCGAACCACUGUCGCCCCUCGCGCCAUGGCCGGUUCCCGCGGCCGCGCGCGCGGCGGUGCCAAAGAGCAAGCGGCCGGUUGCGGCGCACAGGAGCAGCAUCGAAGCGCCCCUCUCUGCCAUGCCGGCCGCCGUGCUCUUCUCGUGGCGAUCCAGGGGCACCGCCCUGCUGCACAUCUGCGCUCUGCGUGCACUGUGAGCGCAGAUGCCGUGAGGCGGCUUCCAGGGCGGAGGGCGAGCUGUCUGCGCUCUGGAUGUGAGGCAGGAUGCUGCAUCCUGGUCUCGGCGCAAGGCGCUGCUUGCCGGCUCGCCGCACCCCGCAACGGCACACUGCUCCGCGCUUGCUGCGGCACUGCCACUGCGCUGC